AUGAGGUUACUCCAGUCGCUUCUUUAUCAGCAACGGAAGGCUCUAAGAAUUCGUUCUGCUCUGUUGAGUACAACUUCACCAGGUGUCCUCAUACCCCAGCAUCUAUUUACACUGGAUGAAAAUGACCUCCGAUUUUCGUUACCGCGUCUAGGCUUUGUACCUCGAGUACUUCUUGGUCCGGUCCCAAUCACACCAACUGAUGUUACACGACCAGCCGCGGCUAGAAGCUUACAAGCCCUUCGCGACUACUGUUGGGCAAGGCGACUCUGUUCGGCCCAAAUGAUCCAUGAUCAUGGGAAACCUUCCAGCAAGAGUCCACCUGCUCCGAAGGAAAAACCAGUGAAGGUCAAUCAGUAUGUUCCCACAGAGUCUCCUCUACCGGCUACUAUGUACUCAGAUUGCGAUGAGAACAUGCUCUCAGAAUACCAAUGUCUGGUGCGUCAGCAGCUGGAAUUCUUUGAAUCGUCAAAGCAAGAUAUUCGAUGGAGUAAACAAGGACGAAACAAUAACCUUGUUCCUGGACAAGUUGGUAUCCGUUGCAAGUGGUGCUCGCAUCUACCUACGCAGUGUCGUUCUCCUGGAGCUGUUUACUACUCUGCCACGUUGAACGGACUAUAUCAAGCCGCUCAGAAUAUGGUCAAGAAUCACCUCUGCAAAGAAGAAUGUCGCCACGUUCCACCAGACAUUGAACAUCGCCUGAUUCGACUACGAGGUAGUAGGCGACGCGGCCCUGGGGGGAAGAAAUACUGGGUGGAAGGGGCAAUGGCCCGUGGAAUCUAUGAAUGCGGAGGAAGGUUGGGAUUGAAGCAGCUGAAAGUGGCAAUCCCUUGUAGAAAGGGUGCGACCUAA